CGAGCAUCAACACCAAAGAAUACAAAGAUGGGACCGCCAUACUUCGCGUCGACCAACGGCCAGGAUGCCGCGCCGCCAAAGACGUACUACGAGCAACAGCGCGAAAUGCUCGUCACUGAGAUUGCCCAAAGUCUGGAAGUUGUCCUGCAAAACAUCAACAAGUUGAACCGUUCGCUCGAGGAGGUCACGUCGGUCGGGAACGAAUUCGCGCCCGUCGAGUCGCUCUGGAGCCACUUUGAGAACGUUAUGGCCAAAGAUCCGGGUGAGCAACAGGAGGGUGCGCAAGACGGUGCGACGGAACACGAGGGCGAGACAGAGGUGCCUCAGGACCGGAAAUGAGCGUUUGCAAGGAGACACCUUGUUAGCUUAUUAGUUCGUGGACAACGCGCCCGGAGGUGCACGGCCAGCCGUCGAACAGGCCAUGACGAUAAGUUGAAUGAUGUAAUGAUACCCCAGAACGAGUCAUUGGCACAGAUCACGAUCGUCUAGAAACAGGAUCUGGUAGUGGUGUUGCACGUCGAGAACAAGAGAAGCAAAAACGGGGGCACGAGACAGGUUCCAGAAAUAUACCUCAUUUAUUGCCAUGCAAAGGCAAAGUCGGCGCCAACUCCGGCCAUGCGUACAUACAGAAUACCGAAUACAGAUACAGGGAAGAAAAUG